AAUAAGGUUUACCGGCUCAGAAAAUGUCUACAAGGCUUGUUUGUCUGAACCAACAACGGGCUUAAAUGAUCUUUGGACGUCUUUGCCAGGAGGGGACACUUCUAUUUGAUGAUUUGACGGCAGUCUUCUUGUUUGUUUUGGGGUGACAGUUACGUUCCAGUUGGACCCUGUUCCCGUAAAAAUUGUGAUUCAAAACCGGAACAUUCACCAGUGCAAGUAGCUGUGUUGACACGUGUGGACAUUCAGUGUAUUGUACAACCAUGACCAACUUAGACCAGCCUUGAUAUCUAAUAAAAAAAAAAAAAAAAGCUCACCAUUUUUCCACCUACUGUCGGAUUUAAUCAGUUUCGAGCAGCGGUGUUUGGAUAACCUAGUUUAGGGCCAUUCCCGACUAGACCUACUUAUUUCUACCAGGUGUGAGACUGAGACGAGCAAAAAUAUCGAACGGGCGAUAAAGAGGCCAGGCAUUGACAAUCACUAGAUGUCGAUAUUGCUGUAGUCCUGGUUACUAUGUCCGCGAUGGGGAAGGAGGCAAGCCUAGAUGGUUUAGAAUUUGACGGGGAGACUGUCCUGUGUCGGGUAUGUGGGGAUAAGGCCAGUGGUUUUCAUUAUGGCGUCCACGCCUGUGAAGGUUGUAAGGUAAGAAAGGAUUUUUUCCGUCGAAGCAUACAACAGAAGAUUCAGUACAGACCUUGUCUCAAAAACCAACAGUGUAACAUAAUGCGAGUUAAUCGUAACAGAUGUCAGUAUUGCAGGUUGAAAAAAUGCAUAUCAGUUGUGUCCAGGGACGCUGUGAGAUUUGGCCGAGUGCCAAAGAAGGAGAAGGCAAGGAUAAUGGAGCAGAUGCAAAAGGUCAACUCUCAGUCUGUUUCCACUGUGCUCUCGGAAAUCCUCGAAAACGAAAGUGAUUUGGUGCACACGGUUGUGAGCUCACACAAGCUGACCAAUGAAUUCACUCAGGAGAAAGUUCAGAGGUUAAGGCAAGAGGCAUUCCAGAGGGGGGACUUCAUGACCUGUCCAGCCCAUAUGGCCUGUCCAUUGAAUGUCAGCGCUACCACAGAUGCCAACGACAACAAACAGAGAUGGGAGGAUUUCUCAGAGUACUUCACUCCAGCUAUCAAGUGCGUUGUGGACUUUGCUAAGGCCAUUCCAGGGUUCCAGAUGUUGAGUCAGGACGACCAAGUCACCUUGUUAAAGGCAGGGACUUUUGAAGUUCUGUUGUUGCGGUUUGUCAGCCUGUUCGAUCCAACCACGAACACUAUGUUGUUUACAAAUGGAAAGUUGUUCAGAAGACAACAGGCCUCAGUGUCUGGAAGUGCAGGAUUUCUCUUAGACUCCAUGUUUGACUUCGCUGAUCGGUUCAGCAAGCUCAAUUUGACGGAGGAUGAACUGGCUCUCUUCUCAUCAAUCAUAUUACUUGCUCCAGAUCGUCCUGGGCUGCGUAAUAUUGAGCAGGUGGAGCGCAUCCAGAAUAAGUUGACACAGGCGUUACAAAACAUGAUCAACUCGGUUCACAUGGACGAUUCCACGCUGUUUGCGAAACUCCUCAUGAAAACCACAGAUCUCCGUACCCUAAACACACUACAUUCAGAAAAACUUAUAGGUCCUCAGUCUAAAGAUGGAGAAAGACUUACAAAUCCACUGUUCAGCGUCAAACAGGAGCAUGUUCCCAUGGAAACGGAAGCUCCAGCAAAUGAGAUGUUGUUGAACUUUGGGUCCUCCCCAUCGGCAGCCCCGUUGUCCAUACCGGCACGCCCUGGUGUGGACCUCAACUUAGGAACCCCUCCCGUUCCUGUUGUCCCUCAGCGUAUGCCCAUGGAAGGUAACAGUCACCAGAAACUUGUCCUGCAAACGCCCUACGGGACAUUUUAUCGUGAAGAAGUCAGCGGCUUCUACGGUUACCUGCCAGACCAGCCACGUCAGCGCUGUCACACGCUGGACCGUGAAACCAUGUCUCGCCCGAGUCGCUCCUUGCAUGUGAUAGACGAGGGCAACCGACGACGCUACACCCUCGACAAGGAAUACAUUUCCAAAAUGGUGAAUAAGCUGAGUCAUAAGCUGGAGAAACGGGCAGUCGUGAAUGAUGACUAUAACCCGCCAUCGGUGUCGAGCAGCGUGUGCAGUAGCCCUGUCCCUGACGACCAGUAUAAUCGCCUAGGGAUGGGCAGCACCCCCGACUCUAGCGCCUGCAGCUCUCGCACUAGCCCCGUCCCCGGGAAGGACAGGUACUCCCCCGGUUCGCCCAAUCCUCGCUCACGAUCAGGAUCCAUGGCUGAAAAGGAUUAUGAAAUCCGCCGACGAUGCUACAGCUUCCACCUGAACAGUGAGGGGCGCGCAGCACGAAAUCUCCACCCAACAGCGCUCCCCAUGGAAAGCGAGCGGUUGUUGCUGGAUGGGAUCCAGCCCCCUUACAGCGCGGACACCCGCAGAGGCAGCGUGGGGGCGUCCUACGGGCUGCAUCGACAUGAGAAAGCUCUCCUGAUAGAGCGAGGCGGUGCCCAGUAUCUGCAGACCCCUGAGGCUUUCUACAGGGGCAUUGGGAAACGUCCUGCUAAGACUGGUCUGGAGGACUCUCAGAAGUUCCAGAGGGUGCAGACCUCGGUUGGUCUGAGUGCGCCCACCUUGACUGCGCAGCUGGCAGCAAACCCGCUAGAUAAGGUACACUCACAACUUUCUCACGCAAGUCCCUCAAAAACAGAAACGCCCAAAAUGGCGUGGAUGUCCCAGGAUAGCAGCCGUGCCGUGGAGAGCAUCUCACCACCAGCAUUGUCCGCCCAGGAGCAGUCUGGGAGUGAAGGUGAUGCACCUGCGGCCAAGCGCGACACAAAGAUUGUUGUCAGUGAUUUCAGUUCCGGUGUUGUCCACAAAAAGUUUGACAAGUUCCGGAAAACAUCUCCUCAGCCACCCGUUAAUGUGGAGAAGGAGAAGAACGAGAGUGCUGCUGCCACAGUUGCCUCCCCUUCCGCCAGUGACAACCAGCCCUCCACCAGCUCCUCGCCUGACAGCGAGAAGUCUGCAAAACCCUCAGCCGCGGAGGCACACCCCCAACUAAUGGCCCACCUUCAGGCGCCACCUCCUGCAAUAGCCACACCCUUCACAAGUGUUGCCAGCUUGCCCCUCAGGACCUCCCAGAGCGCGUAUGACACCCAUGUUACCUCUGAACCCCAGGUCGUCAUGGCGAUGUCCAAGCCUAACCCUGUCCUCAGCAACAUGACAAACCAAGAUGGCAGCCUGCUUGGUAACCGUGGCAACAAGCCUCUCACCGAAGCUGAGGAGAAAAACUUGCGUGAGCAGGUCCACCAGACGACUAUGCUGAGUCUGAAAGACAAAUUGUUGAAGAAGAUCGACAGCAUGGACAACCUGAUGAAAAUCAACAAUGGCGAGAAGACUUCCGCCAAACGCGAACCUGCAAAGGCGCCAGCGUCCACUGCCCCACCAACAACAGCCGUCCUGACAUCACAGCCACCCCACACGAUGUAUGCACCCAGUCCCAUGUACUCGCGACAGAUCCCACUCUACUCCCCGUACUACGGACUACGUUACCCCGCAAUGCCGGGCAUGCCGCCCAUGAUGCCCCAGGGGGCAUACCCUCAGCCCGUGCCCGGCAUGCCCCAUAUAGCUCAGAUGUACAGCUCCAGUAUGCCUCAUCUUAGACAAGCUGGUCAACCGCUCAAUCUGUCAAAAAGCCUGGAAGACUUGCCAAAGAUGCAGUUGCCAGGGCAACCACCUAUGGGGUCUCUCUCUAUGGAAAAUGGAGUCCAUGUCGUGAAGUCUGAAAAUAUGCCGAAGUUAGGCAGUCCCAAGCAGCCCCAAAACGAAGAGAUGGCCGUAUCUUAAAUGGGACGGAUAAGUCAGGCAUACUGCCAUGGUUUGAAAAAUCUGGGAGAUGGGAUGGAUCUGGGAUAGUUGGAACUCAAAGUCAACCGUCUUCAAUCCCAUCAUACAAUGGAUCAUCAGUGCUCAAUAUCCAAACAACUGUUUGGCGGUGGACUUCGAUUUCCCCUCCCCCCCCCCC